CUCCUCCUUUCUCUCCUCGCCACCCCUUCCUUCUCUCAGCUAGGCUCUGAAGCACUCUCGGAGUCCGACCAAACCACGGUGGAUCCCGAUUUGGAAUUAACCCUAUCACCUGAACCACAUACAACAACAAUCCCCCAAGGGAAAGAUAAAGAUAAAGAGAAUGAGAAAGAGCCAACCCCCCUUACACACGAACCCAACAAUAAUGAAGAACCAGACGUCGAGCCAACUCAGGAUACCGAAGAGAAAGAAUCAUACAUAGAGAAUGCGGAAGAACCAGACGUUGAGCCAACGGAGCAUACCAAAGAGAACGAGUCAGACAAUCACGGAGAACCAGACGUUGAGACAACCUCGACUCCCAAAGAGAAAGAGUCUACUCCUACUCCCAAAGAAUCAGAGAUGUGCAGCUACAAAUGCGCCUCUGAGCCAACUCCGAAGCUUGCCAAUCCGAGGCUAGAAGGAGCCUACAAAGCCCUGCGGGCAUUGAAAAAAUCCAUAUACUCUGAUCCAAAUGGCUUCACAAGCAAUUGGGAGGGUCCUGACGUGUGUAGCUACAAAGGCGUCUUUUGUGCCAAGUCUUUGGACAACGCCAAUAUCCUAGUGGUGGCCGGCGUUGACCUUAACCAUGGCGAUAUCGCUGGUCACCUCCCCUCAGAGAUCGGGUACCUAGUCGACAUCAGCCUCCUCCAUCUUAAUUCCAAUAGAUUUUGUGGGAUCAUUCCAAACGAGAUCAAGAACCUCAAGCUACUGUACGAGCUGGAUGUGAGCAACAACCGCUUUGUGGGAUCUUUCCCGGAGGUGGUGCUGGAGUUACCGCAACUCAAAUACCUCGACUUACGGUACAAUGACUUUGAAGGUGAGCUACCUUCAGGGCUCUUCGACAAGCCCCUUGAUGCAAUUUUCUUAAACAACAACAGAUUUCACUCGACCAUCCCGGAAAACAUUGGUAACUCUCCGGCCUCUGUUAUCGUAAUGGCGAAUAACCAUCUCUAUGGGUGCAUCCCGGCCAGCAUCGGAAAGAUGGCAGGAAAAUUGGACGAGUUUGUGGUUUCGUACAAUGAGUUGUCAGGGUGCCUUCCAGAAGAGAUCACAAUGUUAAACACAACCAAAGUUUUUGACAUCUCCAACAAUAAGUUCAUGGGUGACCUACCACAGGGGAUGGAACACAUGAAGAGUAUAGAGGUGCUCAAUAUUGGAAACAAUAAAUUUAGGAGCAAGGUUUCGAAAACCGUUUGCACCUUGCCGAAUCUUAAGAACUUCACUUGUUCUUACAACUUCUUUGAUGCUCAAGAUCCUGAGUGUAUGAUCAAUGCGCUUCCCGGUGUGGCUAUUGACGGCAGGAAGAAUUGCUUGCCUCGAGAACCCAAUCAAAGGCCAGAGAAGGAGUGUCGUAUAGCCUUGAGCAAGAAGGUUGACUGCAAUGCUGGUUGUCGACCACCGACUUACAGCCAUUCGCCCAAGCUAGACCAACCUAAGAAAGAAACUCCCCAAACUCCAACUCCUCACAAACCAACUGUUUCGUCUCCUCCUAAAUCGACUCCAUCAGCUCCGACUCCUAAACGUACACCUUUGCUGAAGCCUGAGCCAACACCUAAACCAGAGAAGACGUUUGCUCCGUCCCAUACUCCCAAGGCAUCACCUCCUCCUAUAAUGGAGACACCAGCCCCAGCACCCUCACCGGAACCUUCUAAGCCGCCUGCACGACAGAAACGUGUUUCCCCCCUUCUCGCUUCUUCGCCACCUCCAGAACACUCUUCGCCGCCCAGAGUUGAAUCCACACCUCCUCCAGUACAAUCACUCCCACCACUGGUCCACUCUCCACCACCUCCCGUAAAGUUACCGCCACCACCAGUCCACUCCCCACAACCAUCUCCUGUAAAGUUACCACCACCCCCAGUUCAAUCUCUCCCACCAGUUCACUCUCCACCUCCUCCGGUCCACACCGAACCACCACCAGUCCGCACCGAACCACCAACCCCAGUCCACUCCGAACAACCACUAGUCCACACUCCACCAAACUCAGUCCACUCCGAACCACCACCGGUCCACUCUCAACCAACCCCAAUCCGCUCCGAACCACCACCAGUCAACUCUCCACCAACCCCAGCCCGCUCCGAAUCACCACCAGUCCACACUCCACCAACCCCAGAUCGCUCCAAACCACCACCAGUUCACUCUCCACCAACCUCAGUUCGUUCUGAACCUCCACCAGUCCGCUCUGAAUCACCACCAGUACACACCGAACCACCACCACCAGUCCACUCUCCACCAACCCCAGUUAAGUUGCCACCGCCACCAGUCCAUUCCCCACCUCCUCCAGUCAAGUCGCCACCACCCACAGUCCACUCUCCACCAACCCCAAUCCGCUCCGAACCACCACCAGUCCACUCUCCGCCAACCCCAGUUCACUCCGAACCACCACCAGUCCAUACCGAACCACCGCCAGUCCACUCUCCACCAACUCCAGUUCGCUCUGAAUCACCACUAGUCCACACCGAACCACCAAUCCACUCUCCACCAACCCCAGUUCGCUCCGAACCACCCGAAUCACCACCAGUCCACAUAGAACCACCAACCCCAGUUCGUUCUAAACCACCACCAAUCCACUCCGAACCACCAACCCCAGUUCGUUCUGAACCACCACUAGUCCACUCUCCACCAACCCCAGUCCGCUCUGAACCACCACCAGUCCGCUCUGAAUCACCACCAGUCCCAUCUCCACCAACCCCAGUUCGCUCCGAACCACCACCAGUCCGCCCAAAAUCACCACCAGUCCACACCGAACCACCGCCAGUCCAUUCUCCACCAACCCCACUCCACUCCGAAUCACCACCAGUCCACACCGAACCACCACCAGUACACUCUCCACCAACCACAGUUCGCUCCGAACCACCACCAGUCCACUCUCCACCAACCCCGAUUAAAUUGCCACCACCACUAGUCCAUUCCCCACCUCCUCCAAUCAAGUCGUCACCGGCCCCACUCCACUCUCCACCAACCCCAGUCCGCUCCGAACCACCACCAGUCCACUCUCCGCCAACCCCAGUUCGCUCCGAACCACCACCAAUCCACUCUCCACCAACCCAAGUCCGCUCCGAACCACCACCACCACCUCCUCCAGUCAAGUUACUACCGCCACCAGACCACUCUUCACCACCCCCUGUCAAGUCACCACCGCAAUCACAACCAGAACACUCUCCCCCAGUCAAAUCGUCACCACCCCCAGUCCAUUCUCCACCUCCCCCAGUCAAAUCGCCACCACCCCCAGUCUACUCUCCACCACCUCCAGUCAAGUCACCACCACCUCCCGUACACUCUCCACCUCCUCCAGUCAAGUCACCACCACCCCUAGUCCACUCGCCACCGCCACCGGUCCAUUUUCCACCUCCUCCAGUCAAGUCUGCACCACCCCCAGACCACUCUCCACCUCCUCCGAUCAAGUCACCACCACCUCCAGUCAAGUCACCACCACCUCUUUUACACUCUCCACCUCCUCCAGUUAAGUCGCCACCACCUCCAGUACACUCUCCACCUCCACCGGGCAAGUCACCACCACCCCCAGUCCACUCUCCACCUCCUCUAGUCAAGUCUCCACCGCCCCCAGUCAAGUCACCACCACCUCCUUUACACUCUCCAUCUCCUCCAGUUAAGUCGCCACCACCUCCAGUACAAUCUCCACCUCCACCGGUCAAGUCACCACCACCCCCAGUCCACUCUCCACCUCCUCCAGUCAAGUCUCCACCGCCCCCUGUCCACUCUCCACCUCCUCCGGUCAAGUCUCCACCGCCUCCACUACACUCUCCACCUCCUCCAGUUAAAUCGCCACCACCUCCAGUACACUCUCCACCUCCUCCAGUCAAAUCGCCACCACCUCCAGUAUACUCUCCACCUCCUCCAGUCAAGUAUCCACCGCCCCCAGUCCACUCACCGCCACCUCCUCCAGUUAAGUCGCCACCACCCCCGGUCCACUCUCCACCCCCUCCAAUCAAAUUUCCACCACCCCCGGUCCACUCCCCACCUCCUCCAGUCAAAUCACCACCGCCCCCAGUCCACUCGCCACCUCCUCCAGUCAAGUCACCACCUCCUCCAGUCCACUCACCACCACCUCCUCCAGUCAAAUCGCCACCGCCCCCAGUCCACUCUCCACCUCCUCCAGUCAAGUCGCCACCACCCCCUGUCCACUCUCCACCUCCUCCAGUCAAGUCGCCACCGCCCCCAUCGCCACCACCCCUGGUCCAUUCUCCACCACCACAUGUCCACUCGCCACCCCCUCCAGUUCACUCUCCACCCCCAAAACCUAUCGUAUCUCCUCCACCUGAACCUGUUCAACCACCACCUACUAAUAAUUUCCCUCCUUACAAAAUUCCAGGUAUUAUUGGUGCCAGCUAUAAAUCUCCGCCACCUCCAUUAAUUCCCGGCUACUAA